CUGUGUUAAAAAGUACAUCUGAUAUGAAGACCAGUGUGGACGUCUGUUGUGAGAGUCGGGGUUCUGGUUAUCAUGGCAUAAAACAAGAAGAUCACUUUACAGAAGUUAUUAAAACCCUAAAACCAAACAGUGGUAUAUGUGGAGAAACAACUUUAAAUGGAAAUAAGCUGAAAGAAUUUAAUAUAUCUCAAUGCAGCUGUGUAAUCAGUGAAAAACAACUCGAAACAAUGGAUAACCUAACACAAGAACAGAGGAUACAAUCUGGAGAGAAACCAUAUCAUUGUGCAGUUGAUGUAAAAAACUUUGAGAGCAAUUGUUCCAUAGAACAACAUGAAAGAAUGCACACUGGGGUGAAACCUUACAGUUGUGGUGUUUGUGAAAAACAAUUUACAAGAAACAGUGAUUUAAAAGGACAUCAAAGAAUACACACUGGGGAGAAACCUUACAUUUGUUCAGUGUGUGGAAAACAAUUUAAAACAAAUGGUGAAUUGAAAGGACAUCAACGAAUACAUACUGGGGAGAAACCAUACAUUUGUGCAGUUUGUGGAAAACAAUUUAGAAGAAACAGUGAUUUAAAAGAACAUCAAAGAAUACACACUGGGGAGAAGCCUUACAGUUGUUCAGUUUGUGAAAAACAAUUUAAAACAAAUAGUAAAUUAAAAAAACAUCAAAGAAUACACACUGGGGAGAGACCUUACAGUUGUGCAAUUUGUGAAAAACAAUUUGGAAGAAGCUCAGAAUUAAAAAGACAUCAAAGAACACAUACCGGGGAGAAACCAUACACUUGUGAAGUUUGUGGAAAACACUUUAUAUCAAAGGGUGAAUUAAAAAGUCAUUUAAGAACACACACUGGGGAAAAACCUUACAGUUGUGCAGUAUGUGGAAAACACUUUGGUACAAAAAGUAAUUUAACAAAUCAUCAAAGAAUUCACACUGGGGAGAAACCAUACAGUUGUGAAGUUUGUGGAAAACAGUUUAUAUCAAAUGGUGAAUUAAAAAGUCAUUUAAAAACACACACUGGAGAGAAACCUUACAAUUGUACAAUUUGUCAAAAACAAUUUGGAAGAAACUCUCAAUUAAAAAGGCAUCAAAGAACACAUACUCAGGAGAAACCUUAUACUUGUGCAGUAUCUGAAAAGCACUUUGGAAGAAAUAAUUACUUAAAAUCACAUCAAAGAACACGUGGAAAAAUUUGUUAAGGAAGUAAUAACUUAAAUAAACAUCAAAUAAUACAUCAUCUUUGAAAACCAUACAGUUGUUCAAUUUGUGGAAAAUGCUAUAGAAGAAACACUUAAAUAAAAGAACAUCAAAGAAAAUACACUGGGGAGAACUGUUACAUUGUUGUAGCCUCCAUAUCUCAGCAGUUAAGAUGGCUUACAAUAAUAUAGAUUGGGUUUUGAUACCUGUAGUUGGCACAUCACAUAUUGCCCAUUGUGUAGCUUUGUAAUGUAUCAUUUAAAAUAAAAUUAAAAGACCAAAAAAAGGGAUCUUUUCAUCCAUUUUUCACAAUUUCAGUAGGUUCUUAGCUUUUUUUUUGUCAAUAUCAGUCACCAGCUCUUUCAUUUCAUUUGUCCCCUAAUAACAUUAGAUUUAGUGAUGAGGUGAGCCAUUUUACUUCCUGUGCAUUUUUCAGUAAAUUUAUCUGCAUUCAAUUGAGGAGAUUUUGUUACUUCAUAAAAGAGUUUUUCUCUUCUUCUGGACUGUACAUGAACACCUAUCCCAAGUGUUAUCCUGUAACAAAUUUGCAAGUGAAGUUUGUUGGAUUUUGUAGUGUUAUUUAGACUUAUUAAACAUUAAUGCAAAAUUGCUAGCUUGUGCCUAUGAAAUCAACUGAUCCUAUAUGUGUAGUGCCAGUCUAAACCUUGUCAAAUACCCUUUUUUUGACUCUCCCACAUUUGAAUGCUUUGCAAAUAUUACUAUCAGCAGACAUUGACAGGUACAGUAACCCAGUAUUUUCAUUGGACUUAUAAGAGUUAUCCUGAGUAACAGUUUCCACAGUUCAAGGAAUUUCUGUUUUGAGUAUCCCCAUGGAUCCAAAAGUCUAACAUAGGUUGGCAGCCACUGGUUGCAUUAGGCUUAGAUCUAGUCUACAUAUUAUCUCUAGACACAUUUGUACUGGCCCCAGUACUUGUUUCUGUAGGCCUAGAUCAGACUGUGCUAUUUGGCUUGUAGUUUGUAAUGACAUUUGUAUGCAUACACUGGAAAGUACAUAAAUUUGUGCUUUCCACUUUCAGUGUGUGAGUGAACGAUUGUAAUGUCCAUUGUUCUAAGUCGAAAUGUCUUUGUGUACUCCUUGCACACAUUGUGAAACAAACCAAAGUUACAAAAAAUGCUACAGCAUCAAUACCCACAGAAAUUAAGACUUCAGAAAAAUCCAAAAACCUUUGAAUUUCAAAGAUUUUUAAGGACUUGUAUGAACCCCACUUUAAUUCCAUGCCAAGUUCUUUUGAGCUUUGAUCUUAAUAGAUUUCCAGCUUUAAAAAACACACUGGGCAAAAUAAUUAACGGAGCAAAAAAAAAAGGGCCUGAACACUUCUGUAAAUAAUAAAGGUAACAGAAAUGUUAAUUACAAUGAAAAAGCCUUUAUUAUGAACUUUUCUGAACCAAGUCUUUGAAGAGUUUUCAUUUUCUGAAUAACUUAUGACAUUACUGAAGAACACCCCUCAAAACGAAAAUGUGAUCCAGUUUGUGUAUACAACAUGAAAACAUGAGGAACACAAAACUAAUGUUCAAAAUUAACCUCCAGUAAGAGGUAUGACUACAUUGAGCUUGUAUACACUUGACAACAUGUUGGCAUACUUCUGAAAAUGUGUUUCAUGUAGUCUUGAAGCAUGGCAUUCCAUUUGUCUGUCAAGGUUUGCAGCAGAUUACCAACCUUGGCAGGGGGAGUUGCAUGGCAAUGAAUCUGUCUAUACAGUUGGUCUCAUUCAUGUUUGAAAUCUGGAGAUUUUACUUGCUGCUCUAAGUAAUCCGUGGAUAACCUAGCAAUGUGUGGUCUGGCACUAUCCUACACCAAUGUGAAAUUGUCUCUGCAAAAAGUCUUACAAUAGGGUGUAGAAUGUCAUAUUAAUACAGUUGUGCAGAUAAGGGACUUUCAAGGAAAUCUCAAUCCAGACUAUAACAGAACCUCACCAAGUGAUCAAAUUCCACAGUAUUGCAAGCCGAAUAACAUUCACCCUGGCAUUGCAAUACAUGCACAUGUGUAUCACAAGUGGAAAUAUGAAAUCGAAUUUUGUCUGUAAGCAGUACAAAUCUCCAGUGAUAAAGUUGCCAGUUGUGAUGUAUAUAUGAUCAAAUCUGGGCCAUGAUUGGGUCUUCUGGCUCUUAAUCCACAUUCAUGAAGACUGUUAUGAACAAUUUGGUCAGAUACAUGGGUACAGGUUGCUCGAUAAAGAUCAAUUUGACAAUUCUGUAGUGCUAAGUUCACCAAGUAGCAGUCCUGUCAUUGACUUGUGGCACAUGUAUGGGCCUGGUCUCCUGGUGUAUAUCCAGUGGAUUGGUAAUGUCUCCAAAAUCUUGCCACUACACUGGGGGCUACAUUAAACUUUGUAGCAACAGUUCUCUGUGUAGCAGAAUUUUGCUGCAUGCACACAGCUGGUGUGACUUCAGUCUCAUCCAAAUAGUGCCUAAUACAGUCUGUCAACAUCAGAACACUGAGAAAAACACAGAUCAUAACAAGGAAUUUCAUGGUCCACUGUAAAUUCUACCACAUUUACAAACCUUAUGUAUGGAUUUAUUUGUAAUGCAUGAACUACUCACCACUUAAAAAUGAACAAUGUUCACCAUCACACAUCAUUUGUGUUCAUCAUUUAAUGUUAAUACUACUUAAAUUUUUUGCACACUGAUCAAUUUGUUUUUUAUGUUUGCUUACAUUCUUGCUCCCUUAAUUUUGUUGAGUAGUAUAAUAAGCAUAAAUUACAAACCUUUGUACUAAUUGUUUUUAAUCUUAAAUUUGUAACAAGCAUGUAUUAGGAAUGCUUGAUUUGAUUUGUUAUCCACUUACAAACAAUUAAAUUUAUGUAGAAAUUUUAUAGAUAAGGAAGAAUAUUUACAUAAUUACUGACUUAUUGAUAAUUAUGGCAAACCAAACUUUCUACAGCUUAUUGUUAUGUGGAUAUUCUUUAUUUAGAUCAUGCAGUCGGUCAUUUAUACUGUUAACCUAGAAAAAUGUAAGUUGAAACUUCAACCAAAAAAUUAUAUCAUUAUGGAGUUUAUGGUUUUUAGUAAUUAUGAAAUCUGGGAGUAGAGGAGAACUGGAAUCAAAGAUGUUUUUCUCAUAUUAUUAAGUAAAUUUUAAAAUUUUCUUAGAGUUUAUUUAUAUUGAAACUGUUUUCCUAUUGUACAAAGGCUUUUCUGCAAGAAAUAAAAGCUUCAUAAUUAA